AUGGAAAUUGAACGUCAACAGUCAGUCACUGUCAAAGCAAAGGAUCCCAUUGUUGACUAUGAAAAGGGCAAAGACACAUCAGUGACCUAUGUCGAUGGAUUCAAGGAGGAAGAUCGCCUGUCAAUUGAAUCAGAAACACAAGAGUAUGUGCUAAAGCAGCCUCCAGAUGGUGGAAGAGCUUGGUUGGUCUUAUUCGGUUGCUUUUGUGGUCUCUUUUGCACGCAGGGUUAUAAUUACGUUUGGGGUAUAUUUCUGAAUUAUUACAAUCAACAUGUCUUUCCCGAUCAAAUGACGGCGUUGUCUUGGAUUGGUUCUUUAUGGUUAGCACUGGCCAAUAUUGUAGGCCCAUUUUAUAGUUGGUUUGCUGUGAAGGUUGGAUACAAAUGGAUGUUGAUUGUGGCUGUUGUGUUAUGGUCUUUGGGUAUCAUGAUGGCUAGUAUUGCGACAGAGAUCUGGCAUCUCUACUUGACUCAGGGUGUGUUGAUGGGCGUCGGUGCUUCUUUGGUAUGGUUUCCCUGUGUUAGUGCUGCUCAACAAUGGUUCUCCAAACGCAGAGGUCUCAGUGUAGGCAUCGCUAUUUCAGGCUCGGGCUUCGGUGGUCUGAUUCUCUCUAAUGUGAUACAAGCUGUUAUUGAUCAUCUGGGAUAUCAAUGGGCUCUCCGUAUUGUUGGCUUCAUCUCGUUUGUUUUGCUCAUUAUUGCUGCUUGUACUGUGCGACCUCUCAAUGUACCUCAAAAGACUGAGAUCAAGAUCUUUGACCUGCGCCCCUUCCGUAAUUUCCAAUUUGUCUUGUUAUUUACCAUCCAAUUUAUUGGUAACUUUGCUUUCAAUGUCCCUUCUAGUUUUUUGCCUGCAUACGCCGACUAUCUUGGUUUAGACCCCUGGAUCGGUACCAAUAUGUCCGCUAUUAUUUCUGGUGUAAUGAUUGUGGGUAAAAUCUCCAGUGGAUUUAUCAGCGAUUACGUCGGUCGUGCCAAUAUGACAUUUAUUACAACCACCAUGACAGGUGUAAUGUGUCUUGCUGUCUGGCUUACAGUAACGAACCCAGCUGGUAUCUGGGCAUUCGCUGCCAUGUUUGGUUAUUUUGGUGGUGGUUAUCUUGUCAUGGUGCCUGCAUUGUUAGGUCAAGUGGUGGGCAUGGAAGACAUUGAAUCUGCCAAUGGCUUGCUCUUCUUUGCUUGGUUCUUUGGCGGUUUGUUUGGUUCUCCUAUCUGUGCUGCCCUGAUUAACGAUGCCAGCGGCCAUCCUACCUACAAUCAUGCCAUCAUCUUUGGUGGUGUCCUUAUGGUAUUUGCUGGCCUAUUAGCGUGGGUAGUUCGUGUAAUGAGAGCUGGAUGGAAGCCAUUUAUCAAGGUGUAG